GAGGAGUGCUGGGCAGGGGCAGAAACCGCUUUCCUUUCCUCUGGAAGAAAGCAAGCCGUGAGGACACCUAAGGAUGUGCUGCCCAGAUGUGUUUCCCACCUCUGCCUUCCUCCUAGGACUCAUGUGCUUGACAGCUUUUAGCAACUUUGCCAAGACUUCUGCGGAUUUCUCAGGUUACUUAUCACAGGUACUAAAGAAUUACACUGACCAUGCAUGUGAUGGAGAAUAUGUGUCCCUGAGAUGUCCCCACAGAACCACCAUCAGCAUCCAGUCUUCUUUUUAUGGACGAAUUGUACCAAGUCAUCAGCUGUGUCCUUCUCGCUAUCCCCACUCCUAUGCAACUUUAAUUAAAGAAGAUGUUGCCUGUUCAGUUGGCACUUCUCUUCAGAAGAUGCUGGAUGAGUGCCAGGACAGGCGGAGCUGCCAGUUCCUCGUCAACAGCCGGCUGUUUGGGACGGAUCCGUGCCCCGGGACCGGCAAGUACCUCCUCGUGUGGUACAAGUGCAGGCCAAAUGAAUACAAGAGUAAAGUAGCCUGUGAAGAUGACAAGCUGAGGCUGAGCUGUAAGAAGAGCAUGGUGAUAGCCAUUUACUCUGCUAUCUUUGGGAGGACACAAGGAGGCAGCCUGGAGUGCCCAUACCAAAACCUAGGGAUGCCCAUGAUUGAAUGUCAGUCAGCUACUGCUCUCCAGCUCAUGAUCAAGCGCUGUCAUGGGAAAAGAAGCUGCAGCAUAUAUGCCAGCACCUAUGAGUUUGGAGAUCCUUGUUACCCAGGCAUCCAAAAGCAUCUUAAUGUCAUCUACACCUGUGUUCCCAAGAAGCUUCUGCAUGAAACUCAGGCAAGACCAACCAAUCAACAAGGGUACCAGAAGCCACAUUUUCCACUGCAGCCAAGAGUGUUUGACCCCAAUGUUAUAGGGGACGGCGUGUUCCUUUCGGAUGUCUCUCCUUCCAACAUAGAGCGAACUCUCCCAGCAGAGAAGAAGAAAGGGAGGUCAGCCACCUUCUACCCUGUAGACAACACCCCCCUCCUGCUCCCUGUGGAUGAGACACAACCGCCGGCGCUCAGCAGCAGCAUGGAGCCCGUGGGCGUCGGCACGGAGAUGGCCCUGCUCAGCAACAUCCUGGCAGCCUAUGCCUUCAUCACAGAAAACCCCGAGCGGGCUGCCCUGUAUUUCGUGUCCGGAGUGUGCAUUGGACUCGUGCUGACCCUGCUGGCCCUGGUGCUCAGGGUGUCCUGCCGGACGGACUGCAAGCGCUCCUCCUCCAAAAAACCUCCUCGGGAGCGGGAGAGCGACAGCGACAGCAGCGACAGCGACGACGACUCGGACACCACGUCGGACCUGUCUGCCCGCAGGCACCGCAGGUUCGAGAGGACUUUGAACAUGAACGUGUUCACCUCUGCGGAGGAGCUGGAGCGGGCACAGCGGCUGGAGGAGCGGGAGCGCAUCAUCCGCGAGAUCUGGAUGAACGGGCAGCCCGACAUCCCGGGCACCAGGAGCCUCAAUCGCUACUACUGAGCCCUGGGGACCCCGGCACCCUGCCCUGCUCCCCGGGGCUGAGGAGAACGAUACGACGUGGGUGUCUCCCCUUUUCCUGCCAGGUGUGCCGCCUGGAGCCGUGAGGAUGGACAGCGAUGAUGUUUUCCCCAUCUCUCGUUCCCUGACAUUGAUAUCACCGCUCUUCCCGGACACUUUCUGGUUUCAAAGAAGGGAUUGCCGAGUUCAUUCCUGAGGAGCAGGCGGGGAGGAGACAAUGGCAGUUCCCAUGUGGGGUUUGGCACUGGGCACACCGUGCUCCUUUCUUGGCUGGAGAGGGAGGCUGUCCAGGAUUUGGUCUCCAUUUAGGAUUUUUUGGUUUCCCUUUCCUGAGGACUGUGGGAGAAUUGUGAACAAAAUGACAACUCUGGAAAGAUGAUUUGGGGAGGGAGGGGGAGGUGCAUCCUGACCAAUUGUCUUGUGACUUCAGAAGCCAUGAGAUUAACCUAAUUAAAACCCAACAGCAAAUAGGACUUGUUAAGAACUGGGGGAUGGGAGGGAGGGGGAUUCUUCCAUCGUGAAAUCAUCUCGGUGCUUGGAUGUUUGCCAUAGUGUAUUCAGUUAUUUAUGGCUGUCUUUUCAUCUUCCUUUUCAAUGGGAACAUUUAGUUUUUUUACUGACACCUCAGGGAUAAAAUCCUAUUAUUUUUUUUGAGUCUGCUCUCCCUGCUGGCCCCUAUCAAACACAACCCAGCCCAUCUCCAACAGUGAAAUUCUGGUAAUAGAAGAGAUGUGUCAGUGACUAGUGAGAAGUUAACAACCUCAAAGAGGUUGAAAAAGGUUUUCUUUUUGUUUUAAAUAUAUAUAUAUAUAUAUAUUUGAAGAUGCUGCACAGGAAUGUGCCUUAUUCUUUUUUUUUUUUCUUUUUUUUUGUUGUUGUUGAACUACAGUUUUCCUAUGGAUAGCAAUGCACAAUGUUUUAUAUAUUUUAUUAAAAAAAUAAAAUUAUAAAAAAGUCUGUGUUUACCAGAGGAAAACCAACACAGAAGAAGCCAUGUCUGACAACAAAAUGGGUACUAAAUGCUAAAUAAACUCUGGUUUUGCUUCAAUAUGAUUCAAUUUGCAUCCUCACUUUUGGCAUAUGUGUUGCUUGAGGGAGAUCUUUGGAAGAGUAGCACACCUCUACAAGCAAUCAAGGCAUGUUUUCUGCAUGCAGGAAACUGGCAGCACCUUUUUUUUGGCUGCAGCCCAUCUAUCAGGUUCUGUGGUGCUCAUGGGCAGGAGAGCUGAGCAAUGGGUUGGUUACUCAAGGGGCCACCUCAAAGUGAUUUCAUGAUGCUGUGAGUCUGUCUGCCAUACUCACCAUCAUACCCGGGCCAAAGCAAAUGUUAAAUGAACUAAAAAAAUAAUAAAAAAAAAAACCUAUGGAAGAAACAAUGCCAUGUUUUAAUGCUUCUUCGGGUGUCCCCUGGAGUUUUCAAUGGGAUAUCAGCACCCUCUUCACUCCCCAGGCAGCAGUUCACAUCACCUCACUUGAAGAACUCGGUGUUUCUCACAUCUGCACAGCACUGCUGUAGCCUGCAUGGCUUUGGGGUCUGCUCCUGUCGUUUAGGCAUGGAAAUGUUACUGCCAAAAUCUUAAGGGUUUGCAAGGAAAACAAAGAUCAGAAGCUCUGACUACCCAGAGUUUUUCCCAAGUUUUAAGGAGAGAUGGAAAUGGGUGGACCUGCCCACAAGAUGACUGAGGAUGUUAUAAGGGAUCAUGUGCUGUGCCAUACAGCUGCAUGGUGGGACAGACCCCUGGCACUUGGGACCUUCUUGGCACUCCUUGGGAUCACUGGGGCUUUUCCCUGGGUGAGGAAAGCUGCACUGCAAGUGCCCACAAAUACUUCCCAUGGCUCUUGCAGGGUGAGAGCAAAGCUGAGUGCCUGCAGCUGGUGGCGCUGGCAAUGUCUGAGGUCAGGCUGGCUGGUGAGAGGUGGCUUCUCCUGGGAAGGCAGUUUGAGCACUGUGGAGUGAUUCUGGCUCUGGUCCUGUGAAGAUUUGAAUGGAAAAGCUCAAUAUUGAACUGGAAUGUAAUUUUUGCAUCUAAUACAUAGAAAUAAAGCAGGAGGCAGGUCCCAAGCCCUGAUGCAUUGCCAGGUGCUUUAGCUGGAAUGUUGAGCACACUCUGCUGAGGGUGUUGAGGAGCAAAGACAGGGUGAGGUCAGUGGGGUCAGUUCUGUUGGCCAUGUGUUUUCCCCUACAAUGAUACAAUCCCUCAACCUUGGUGAAUAAAGGACAACAUGUUUUCAGAUUUAGAAUGCUGUGCCCUGGGAGAUAGCUUGCAAAACUGAUUUUGAAAAUGUUAUAUAUGAAUGGAUUUAUGUGCAUGAUUUUCCCAAAUGACUUUUUUUUUGACCAGA